CCGCAACGAUGUUGGGCUAUCUCGCUUCAUCAUUGUUAGUUAUAAGCACCAUCUACUGGAUCGAUCCCAGUAGCGCCGGGCCGCUCGACGCCCUGAGCUGGGCCCGUAUGGAUAACAUCAAUCUACCUUGGUUGCCAUCAACUAUCCAAGACGAUUUUCUCGUACUUUCCAAAUGGGUGACAGUAGCAAUCGAUACCAUACCAGAAAUAAUGCCACGCAAUUCCCCCUUUUCCCAUUCAGAUGAAAACAUGACCCGUUGCUACGGGGAGCUGGGCUGUCUGAACAUCACCAAAGAAUGGUACCACCUGAUCUUCCGACCGUUCAACGUGUUCCCACUGCCACGGAGUGUGAUCAACACCCGGUUUAUUCUGUACACGGAGAAGAACCCAACGGAUGGCCAGCUGCUCCAGGCCGAAACGAAGGAGACCAUCAUGAAGAGCCAGUUCCGCUCCGAAUGGGACACCAAGUUCAUCAUCCACGGGUUUAUUGAUACCCCGCUGUCCAACUGGGUGUCGGAAAUGCGCGACGAACUGAUCACGCGCGGUGGUCUCAACGUGAUAGUUGUGGACUGGGCCGGUGGAUCACUGCCUCUCUACACGCAAGCCACGGCAAACACUAGACUGGUAGGAUUAGAGAUAGCGUAUCUGAUCAAGAAAUUGGCGGAAUACAAAGGACUCAGACCGGAAGACGUUCAUCUCAUUGGGCACUCAUUGGGUGCACAUACUGCAGGGUACGCUGCCGAAAGAAUUCCAGGCUUGGGAAGAAUUACAGGGCUAGAUCCAGCUGAACCAUAUUUCCAGGGGAUGGACCCAAUUGUAAGGCUUGACCCUUCGGACGCCGCUCUGGUGGAUGUGAUCCAUACGGAUGGUCGUAGUGUGUUCCGGCUGGAGAUACCGGGGUACGGAAUGUCCCACACAUGCGGACAUUUGGACUUCUAUCCGAAUAACGGUAAAGAACAACCGGGCUGUGCCCUCUCGCAAGAAGGAGCUGCCACCAUUCCGCUAACGCUGAUCAAAGACGGUAUAGAGGAGGCGUCCCGUGUUCUCCUAGCUUGUAAUCACAUUAGAGCCAUUAAAUUAUUUAUCGAUAGUAUUAACGGAAAAUGUCCGUAUGUAGCCCAUCGCUGCCCUUCCUAUCAGCACUUCCUGAGUGGGAACUGCUUCAAAUGCACUUCCGGAAACUGCGCCCUGAUGGGCUACCAUGCGUCGCUUCCAAUCACAACCACCAAACAGAACAUUUCAGAGAACGAUAUUGCCGUCGGCUCAUCGAUCCCGGUGGCACCCCAACCGGGCAAGUACUUCCUAGCUACAGGACGCGAUUUCCCCUUUUGUCAGCGUCACUACCGGUUCACGAUCGAGCUUGCCAAGCCAAAAUCGGCCGAACAGUGGGUCCAGGGUCACCUAACGGCGGGAAUUUUCUCCGAGCGAGGAGCGAUCCGAAGUAUGGAUCUCACGCCGAAGGGUACGGCGCGGUUCGAACACGGAACCGUCUACCAGGUAGUGGUGACCAAUCCACACGAUCUGGGCGAUCGCAUUCGAAAGGUGGAAUUGUCCUGGGCGCACGACAUGAACGUGUUAGAGCCGACCACGCUGUGCCUAUUUUGGUGCAACAAUCACCUCUACGUCAAAUCGAUUCAGGUCGAAACUAUGCAGAUGCCAUCUCGAGAGAAGCGCAACACCGAAUAUUCAAACAAGCUGUGCGCUCCGAAGCGCGAGUUUGCCGACAUUGCCAGCCGUGGUUCGUACUCUUUCUACGACAACUGUAAACGAUGAAACGGAAGUUUUACUGGUUUUGCUGAUACCGUUGAAAUACUCUCGUGAAGUUUGAGCGUUAUACAUAGCUAGAGAAACCUAUCGACGCUUUCCCCGAUUAGAACCCGUUGCAGCAGAGAUACAUAUAUGGAAGAAUUCAAUGUUGCUGUUGUACGGAUCGGUUAUCCAUAAUAAUUAAUUUUUUUGGUACAUUCAAAGUUAAUUGCCUAUAUGCCGGGUAUUAAGCCACCCGGAGUGGAAAUUAAUUACUAUGUCUGAAACUUGAUUAUGCAUAUGUACAACAUGUGAUAGAUUUAGUUCGGAAAAGGUAUUGGAGGGUAACCG